AAAAUAAAAUAAAAUAAAAUUACGUUCUCUUUACAAACAAUGGCUAUUAGCAAAUUACGACGAAAAAUCAUUCAAGAUUUCUUAAAAGAAAGACAGCAGUCAGAGUCUCACUGGGAGUGUUGCAAUACUGAUUUCUCCUCACUCAGCGAUAUAGGACGUCAUGUCCACCGAGAUCAUGUCACUGACCUGGACAAUGCCGAAACCCUUCAACUAGAGACGCUGCGAGCUAUGGAACUGUACCGACACAACCUAUCCAAACUUAGGCAAAGACGAGGCGAAAAAGGCUCUUCGGAUCCAAUUUCUGUGGAUUGUCAAUGUCCAAUAGAUACGCACAAGGUGAUUUUAUUUUAUCGCUAUACAGAUAUCCUUGAUCCAGUGCAAUUUUCCAUAGACCAUCAAUUGUAUUGUAAAAAUAUGACGGGUAAAGUCCGUAUUGCAUCCGAAGGUAUUAAUGCGACUCUAGCCGGUACAAAUGAAGAGAUUGAUCUCUACCUGGACUGGUUAACCACGACACAGCCCUUCAGGGACCUCACCUUACCUCCGUCUUCAUUAUCCGACCCUACCACAGCACGUUAUCAAUUUUUUAAGCCUUCAGCGGGGUGUAAGCAUGUCUUUGGCGAACUCUCCAUCAAAUUUGCGGAUGAAAUCUGUCCGUUAGGACAAACCUCGGUAGUCCUGCAAAAACUCUCGUUACCAAACCAUCGAGAAGGUAAAUUAGCACCACCAGAUUUUCAUGCCAUGUUGACACAAGAGAAAAACGACUUUUUGUUAUUGGACACACGGAAUUAUUAUGAGAGCAAGAUUGGAAAAUUUCGAGGUGCAGUGACACCGGCCAUUCGAAAAUUCAGUCAAUUUCCAGAUUAUAUUCAACGUAAUGAAGAUACGAUUCGUGAAAAGAAAAAGGUGUUGACGUAUUGUACGGGAGGAAUCCGAUGUGAAAAGGCUACGGCUUUUAUGCGUCAGGCUUUACCGGAUACCGAGAUUUUCAUGUUGGAUGGUGGGAUACAUAAUUAUAUGGAAUGGUGUAAAACGGCCAAUGUAGAAAAUCCUGUGUGGGAAGGCAAAAAUUAUGUGUUUGAUGCUAGACAAUCAUUGGGCUUGGAAAAGACGGAGGUCAUUAGUCAAUGUCAAGUCUGUGCUGCUCCUUGGGAUCAAUAUACAAAAUGUAGUACACCCGCUUGUCAUCUCUUGAUCUUGAUGUGUGAUCAUUGUAUUAUUCCCAACCCCGUAUGCUGUAUCACCUGUGAUCAAGAUCAAGUUUGUCAAUGUGAACAACAACGUCGUAAAGAAGAACUCCAAUUAAUUUCUUAAAGAAAAAAAUAUACCAAUUUUUUUAUUUUUUUAUAUAAUAGUUUAGAGAGAGAGAGAGAGAAAAAUACAUUUGUGUAAAAAAAGGUUAAAGGGUGUGUGUUUG